GGUUGUCACGAUCAACCGUAGUUUGGGAAUAGAUGGGUUUGUACGCCACGAAGGUACCACAUACCAGCAGCAUGUUGAGCCAGUAUCCUAUAGCAAACUUAUGUGGCAAACGAUUUUUCCAACUGACAGCUGUUAUUUAUAAGGCUAAAGAUGCCAACAAACAGGCGUUGAGAAAUUUAGGGAUGUCCCUUCAAAAUGGCAUUAAGAACAAACAGGCCAAGAACGAAGAUAUAGGUAUUGACGACAUGGAUGAAGAGCAUAAGGAUAACUACAAGAUCCUCCAAAACUAUUACGACAGCAUUUCCCACAUGACUACUGAAGAUUUACUCAUUCAACAGAAUUUGGAUGAGGGAAAGCAGUUCCGAUCAUUUCCCUCAGAGCACUAUUUGGACAGGAAGAACUUGAUAAAGAACUUACCCGACGAAAUCGAUAUCUUCAACACCUCGUUGUCGAAAAUCGAGAAGAUUUAUAAGGACUUGGGCAAGCUUGAUAAGGAUAAAUCAGUACAGUUGAAGUACUAUAAGCGAUAUUUGAGAAAUUACUCGGAUCCCAUCCUAAGGAUACUUCAGGAAUUCAACGGAAUAAGUGACAAGUUUAAGAUGCUACGCAGAAAUGAGUUGGACAAGUUAUUUUUGAAUCCAAACUCUUCAUUGUUCAAUGACAACUUAUUUCAUUUGCCAUACAAUGUGGUGGGUUUUGAUAGAUCGCUAAGUGGGUUUCCUUUGCGGACCGGAAAGCACCGGUUGACAGACAUAUGCUAUCCCCAAGAAUUUAUCCAGGACUUACAGCAGUGUAGUCCCAAAGUCAAGCUUCAUAAGAAAGAUUUGGAUUUCGUCGAAUAUAACGAGAAUUCCAUAUCGAUAAAUCCCGACGAUUUGAUAAAGCCUAGUAAUGCCAAGAUUGACAAGGCGAUGAAUUUAAUCUAUAAUGAGCUUGACGUCCCCAAAAAGUUUAUUCUAAUGGACGACUUGGGCCAGUAUAAGAUCUUGAGAUUCAACUUCUUGAAUAAAUUCAACUCGAUUGUGGAAACCGAAAUCAAUACUUUGAAAGCUUCCCUCCAGAAAGAAAUAGAGUUGAUUCUCUCGUCCGAUAACCAAUCAACCAAUAUGCUCCUUUUCAACCAUCAGUUCUUUAAAAACAACUCUUUUAAAUUAUGUGAUUUCUUGAAGGAUACCGGGAGAGGAUCGAAUGGCGGUGCCACUACGUCCGCCAAUAUGCUAAUAAUCAGCUAUAACGUUAAAGAGCUCAAUCUUAUCCCAUACAACUACUUAACCGAUAAAUCCACCAGGAGUCGCCGGAGACUUUUCAACCAUAUUUUCAAGCUUUUCUUAAUCAACUUGACAGACCAAAUUGAGACUUUGAUACGGAUGAAGUACUCGAACCGAAAACAGGUGUUUGUCAACAACUUGAACGCCAAGAUCUCCAACAUCAUCAGGUUUAAAUUACUCAACUUGUUUGAUCGGGUCAACCAGUUGAAAACGAUUCCCAUUGACCAGUCGGUGGUACUUAAGCCAUAUUAUAACCGGAGUUUCAAGAGGCUCUAUAACUACACCAAAAUCCCUGGUUCUCUACACAGGAGAUCUGCCACACAGUUCAAGCUUGUGGAUCUAGAAGAUAAACUCAAGGUAAUUUCAUAGAUAAUUCAUAUAUAUCCAGAAGUUACAAAACUCAGCGGCGUUGCCUCCGUUGCCCAAGUUGCGGGUGAGAAAACCCUUCUUGAACAAGUCCAACAAUCAGUGUUUGGUGAUGAUGUCGACUCUUUUAAACUGUUGGGCUGCUAAUGGUGAAGGUUCGUCGCCGUGCUUGGAAGCUGAGACCGAUUUGAAAAAGUGUAUGGAAACCUUCAAGCCCGAGAAGAAGCAAUUAUCGUCCAUCAACUACCAUGCCUCCAGAUUGUACCCCAAGUUGAGAGGUAACACGAACGAUUAGGGUUCAUGAACAGCAAAUACCUUUUCCAUUUCAAUAGCAACAGGUGUACGAGUCGCUGCGGCCGGUUUGAAAGCGGCUCGACUAUGCUCAUAGAGGUAACCUGACCAACAAACACAGAUAUUUCCAUGUCUCUGUCCAUAAUACUGUAAAUAGUUAACGAUAAUAUCUUUUGUGAUGCUUGUAGCGGGCUAAAACACCUCAAAGUCUCUUGGAAUGAGUUCCCUAAGCUACCACAUACGAACUAGGGAUCUUUGUAGUACUUGGAGUCACCUAAUUAAUGUGUAUUUAUACUGUUUGCAACUAACGUGAUUUCAGAUUGCAUUGCCUUUUUCUC